CCUUAUUCUUCUUGGCUGCCAUUUUGCAAUUUACAACCCUUUGCCGCUUGAUGAGUUGAUUUCUUUUAUUUAGUUUUCUACCUUGGAAUUUUGAUGGGUUGAAUUCAAUUAAAGAACCAAAUGUAGCCAGGAAAAUGGGUAUGAACUUUUCAUGAAUAUGCAUUGUUGGUAGCCUGUUAGGAGCCAGGUUCCAGGGGCUUCACCAUGCUAUAGCAAAAAGACAUGAACAUUUUGAGGAAGCAGAAGAGGAUAUUCGACAGUAUUGUUCUUCAUGUAAGGUACUUAUCAUGUAUACCCAAUGCUAAACCUGACACAUCAAGCUUGGAAGAACAUGUUCGGGUGGCUGCGGGUGUUUUUCGGGUGUCCAAUUUGCAGGGUCUCUUGCAGAAAUGUGCGAGGGAGAGAGCAAUCAUAGAGGGGAAGGCCUGCCAUGGACAGGCUAUUCGCGUUGGAUUAGAGAAGGACACGCUAACAUCAAACAUGCUCGUAAAUAUGUAUUCUAAGUGUGGGAUUGUUGGCUCUGCUCGCCAGGUGUUUGAUGAAAUGCCCGAACGAAGCAUUGUUUCAUGGAACACCAUGAUUGGUUCGUAUACCCAGAAUUGGAAUGAACAAGAAGCUCUUAACCUUCUUAUGCAGAUGCAAAGAGAAGGAGCCCAUUUUUGUGAAUUUACCAUUUCUAGUGUUCUUUGUGCUUGUGCUGCGAAAUGCGCAGUUGUUGAGUGCAAACAAUUGCAUGCUUUUGCUCUUAAGACGGCGAUGGAGUCGAAUGCAUUUGUGGGGACUGCAUUGCUUGAUGUUUAUGCCAAGUGCAAAUUAAUGAGAGAUGCACGUUGGGUCUUUGAGUGCAUGCCCGAGAGAAGCGCCAUCACAUGGAGUUCUAUGGUGGCAGGGUAUGUGCAAAAUGAGCUUUAUGAGGAGGCUUUAGUAUUAUUCCACAAGGUGCAAAUGAUGGGUUUGGAACACAACCAAUUUACAAUUUCUUCUACUCUCGCUGCGUGUUCGGGACUGGCAGCUCUAAUUGAAGGGAAACAGGUGCAGAGGAGAGGAACGUGGUUUUAUGGAAUGCAAUGAUUUCGGGGUUCUCAAGAAAUGCUCAUCCUAUGGAGGCCAUGAUAUCAUUUGAGAAGAUGCAGCAGAUGGGUAUCUAUCCAAAUGAAGUAACUUACAUAUCUGUGUUGUCCGCAUGUAGUCAUAUGGGAUUGGUUGAAAAGGGACGAAGCUAUUUUAAUCUGAUGAUAACGGAGCACAAUCUGUUCCCAAAUGUCCUUCAUUAUUCAUGCAUGGUUGAUGUUCUUGCCCGAUCUGGGCUGACUUAUGAGGCUCAGGAUUUGAUUAAGACAAUGCCAUUUGAUGCUACUGCUUCCAUGUGGGGAUCGCUGUUGGCCUCCUGCAAAGUCCAUGGGAAUCUCGAGCUGGCUGAGGUUGCAGCUAAAAAACUGUUUGAGAUUGAGCCUGAUAAUGCAGGAAACCAUGUCUUGCUUUCCAACAUAUACGCUGCAAAAAAAAUGUGGGAGGAAGUUGCCAGGACAAGGAAGUUUCUUAAAGAUAGUGAAACAAAAAAAGAGAAGGGUAAGAGUUGGAUUGAAAUUAAAGACAAAGUUCAUACAUUCAUGGUUGGGGAGAGAUGUCAUCCUAGAAUUGGUGAGAUUUAUUUAAAAUUGGAGGAUUUGGUGGAAGGAAUGAAGAAGCUGGAUUAUAAAGACAAGACAGAGCAUGAUCUUCAUGAUGUGGAAGAGAGUAGGAAGGAGGAACUUUUGAGACACCACAGUGAGAAGCUAGCAUUUACAUUUGGGCUAAUGUGUUUACCUCUUGGCGCACCCAUUAGGAUUAUGAAGAAUCUUAGGAUAUGUGGGGACUGCCAUUCUUUUAUGAAGCUUGCAUCAAGUAUUACAGGGAGGACGGUUAUUGUAAGGGAUACGAAUCGAUUUCACCAUUUUAGGAAUGGGCUUUGUUCCUGUGGUGAUUUUUGGUGAAAUGUUGGUCAAACAAUUGGUUGCGAUGGUUUUUGUUAUUGACUGUUGGGGGUCCACACAUAUAUGCUUGGGUGUGGAUAAAAUUCUUCCAAGCUCAAGACUUGAGGAUUUGUUUCUAUUAUCAUAAACCCUCUUCUAAGAUCUGACUUUAGUUCCACAGAAAAUGCAUGCUUCAAAUAGGGUAUGUCAAUCUAUAAUUAGUUGCUAGCAGGACAGGCUUCAAACCUUCACGAUCUUUAUGGUCACAGUGCCAAUGGUAAACCAUAGUUUCCAGAAUUAAUGUCCACUUGUUAAAUUCAAAUUUGUUCCUUAUCUUCAAUUAGAUGAGCCACAAUGGCAUCUUCACUCUUUAUUUAUUUUAUUUGUUUAUUUUGUUUGUGGUCAGGUGCAGAAGGGUUAAAUUUUGAGAUAAGCAAAGCACGGUGGCAAGGGAGUGUCAUGAGUUUGUAUGAAACUAUACUAUAAAUAUACAAUUUCAUUUCUGUA